AUGCAGCUACAGGACCAGGAUGAAGCCACCGCCAGUGGAGUUCCAGUGCUCCUUCCUCCUCCUCCUCCUCCAUCUCCUCCUCCCCAUUCUCCUGCUGGAGGAGAUUCUGGUUUGGUCUCAAUGACAGUUGGCGCCAUAGCCGCGGGGCUUUCACUGGCGAAAACUUCGACCAACAUUGAUCUUCAUUUAGUUUAUUUAAAUGUGAGAACUGCGGAAAUGCUCAUGGAUGACGGUCUGCUGGGCUCUGGUCCUGUUCUUGGACUGGCGGGACAUCCACAUGGACUGGUGGGCGCCUUGGCUCCACCGCCGCCACCGCCGAUGAAGCAGCCGCAGAUGGACAUUCCCAGUGGCAAGAAGCAGCUGCAGCAGCUGAAGGGAGCGACGGUUGCCGCAUCCGCGCUGGAGUAUCAGUACCAGGUCAUGUACGCGCACUGUGUGCAAAAGGAGCGGGAAAGGGAGCGAGAGCACCUGCCCCACUCGCAUCCGCUGCCCCGCCAACAUCGUGCCGUUUUGGUGGCCACCGCACCCUAUCCACACUUGCCCCAAUAUCCGACACCACCCACGCUGAACUCCUCGUCGGCCUUCCGACCUUGGGGGCCAGACACCACCAAAGCUUUUCUGCACGCCUAUGGCGCCACGUUGUCGUCCCUACCCUAUGCCUGCCAGGAACCGCCAGAGCUUCAGAAUCCGGAGCGGGUGGUGCGGAGUACGGACAAGCGGUAUGCGGAGAGGACUUACCAACCCAAUGUGGCCUUGGCACCCAGAAAGAGUAUUCUCUCCAAGGAGAGGGACAAGGAUCGGGAGCGAAUGGAAAGGGAGGUGAUGGAACGCCAGAGAUUGAGGGAGAAGGAGACGGAUCACCAGGUGGUGCACAUCAAGCAGGAGCGCUCGCAGACACCCACACCACCGUCGGCAUCGGCAUCGCCGCCCGACGGUGUGCCAGCACCGCCAUUGGAUGUCGUCGAACCACCACACCCCUCCUCGAGUGGCAGCAACUCACCACUACCCGCCCACCUGCCCGCAGCACCAGCCACUGCACCACCCCAUGCAGGUGGUGCACCGCCCACACCAACUAGCCUUCGGAAUAUGCGCAGUCCGGAGGAGUUCUCGGCGGGUGGCAGCAAUGAGAUAACCUCCUCCACCUCACCCCACCACCAGCAGUCGUCGCACCACCAGGUGGUGCAGCAGACGACCGGUGCCCCACCACCGUCGCAGCACAUCAUAGCCACCGUUAAUCAGCAUGCCAAACUUUUGCCCAGCUCCAGUUCCCUGCCAAACGGUAAUGGCACCUCAUCGCUAGCCGCCACAAACAACGAACCGAGUCGGAUAAGGAUCAACAAGAACCUGAUGAGUCAGCAGCCGGUGGUUGCGGUGAGCGGCAUUACACCACAUCACCACCAGCAUCACCCCACGCACAUGCAUCACUUUAGCCAUGGGUACUACAAAAGUCAGACCUCAUCACCCACUCAAUCCUCCAGUGCUGGCCUGAAUCUGAGUACCCACUCAUCGAACGUGGUCAGCUCGCCGCAUCAUGCGACUGCAGCCAAGAGCCACCACAGUUCGGCAGGAUCUGGGAACCAUAGUUCCCAGCAGAAUGGUAAGCCCCAUUUGGGCAGUGAAUUUGAGUUAUCCACGGACACCGAUGAUACGGACAGUCUGAACGGAGAGCCCGACUCGAGUGCCAUGUUACCACCCUGGGAGCAGGCUGUGGAGUCCCUCAGAGAAACUCGGCCCAAGGACCGGGAGAGAGUCCUCCUGAUACUCCAGAGAUUACUGCAGGAGAACGAUCAGUAUCGCUAUAAUAACAUUCAAUUGAGUGAACUGCUCCACAAACAAGAUGCCCACAUAGCCGAUCUAACGGAGCAACUCCAACGCUAUCGCAGACAAUUCGAGGAGCAGGUCCGUAAAGUAGAUCUUCGAAAGAUGCCAUUCAAGCACCAAACCCGGCUGGAGCAUGUGGUGGAAGAGGUUCGCGGAGAAGCGGAAGAGGACGAGGAGCUGGAGGAGGAGGAAAUGGAGGACAGGGCUAAUAACAAUAAUCAACAGGAGCCAUCUCCCCUGAUAAAGGCCCCAACCAAUGGUCUGCGGCGGAGUGUCACGCCCCCAAAUUCAUGUGGCAGUGAAGGGGGGGAGUGCGAGAAACCAGAGGAGCCCGAAAGCAAGCGGAUAAAGUUGCAGGCUGGGGAGAAAAUUGAGGACAAGCAAGUGGAGGAUGAGGAAAGUCCUUCCAAUGGCACGGAGUCGCACGAUCUGGAAAAACUUGAAAAAAUAGGCGAAAAAACUCACCCAACUAAUAAUCCCAAAAGUCCGCAGCCCAGUCAAAUUUCCAGCGACGAGGAAAUGGAGGAGGAUGAAGACGACGACGACGAGGAGGAUGAAGAGGUUCAAAUCGAGGCUCCCCACAGUAGUGCUCUAGCCACGCCCCCCACGGCCACAACGCCCCUUUCGCCGGACUCGGCGGCAACUGCCGGACAGUUGUUUGAUAGUAGUAAUAGCAGCGACGAGUCCUCGAUGAAGAAGGCCCAGAUGUCCGCCUGCCAUGCACUGGAGAAAAUGAGCAGCAAUGUUGGCAGCGACGACAACAAUCAGAGGCACGCAGAGGAAAGCCAGGAGGAGGAGGAGGAGGAUGCGGAUGAGGAGGAGGAGGAGGCCGAGGAGGAUCCGGAAGAGGAGGACUCCGAUGACGAUGAAAUGCCAUUGCAGCAGCGACAGCAGCAGCAGCAGCAACGCCAGCGGGUAGGACCCCAGAGUGUGCUCAGUGGAUCAGCCGUCGCCGGACAGCAACCAGCACCACCACCACAUCCCCCGAUGGCCACCAAGGCCAGCAAGAAGCAGACACCACCAGCACCACCCACUGCGGCCGCAACCACCACUGCAUCAGCAACAACGAACUGCGAGUUACAAAUCAAAAAGGAAAUAGCCUAGAGAUAGAAGCCCCGAAAACCUCUCGAAGAAAAGCUCUUUCACACACACAACCGAAACGUUUGAAACUCAGUUAAAAUCCCAUUUCUUUUGGAGAAGAAAGUGCAGCCGAAAUUCAAGCACAAAGCCUAAACGCACAUGUUUUUCAUUGUAGGCGUAUUUUAGAGAAAGUAAAAUGCUUCGUAACCAGAACAGAAUGAAAUCUAGGUGGGAAUAAGUUGCUUUUAAAUUGUACAAUAUCAAAUGUAUGAGACGGCACUGUAAAAAUUAAAACAUAUGUAUUUAAAUAAUUUAAAUAUGGGCAUUCAAAGCAAACUGUUUUAAGAGCUAAAAAUUAUUCGAAAAACUUUGAAAAUUUCUAUACAAAUUUUAAGAUUUGUAAUGCUUAUUAUUUAUUCCGUGAGUAUGGAUGCUUUUGUGAAAACAGUUUAAAAGCCUAUAUUAUACAAAUUUUAAUUUGUGACUUCAUACAUAAAGACCAGGAAAUCUUAAAACUUUCUUUGCAACACAUUUCCCUUAAUGCAAAAUCUAUUCAAAAUUUUAGGAAACAUUUUAAAACGCUUUUAAACAGCUUGAAUUGAUCUCACUUUUAAAAACAAAAAGGACAAAUGCUAAUUAAUAUAGGCUUCUCCAUUUCGAAAAACUUUCAGCGUUGCUUGCAAAAAUUAUAAAUGAAACCAAAGCUUUAAAAAAAUUAAAUUUUUUGUAUAUUAUUCAACGACAAAUUUGUGCGUGUUUUUACCACUUACUGUUUAACCUAAUUAAGUUAUUAUUUUUUAUCUCGUAAGCUCUGCAAGACAUUUAAACCCAAAACAAUAUUCAAAGCGAGGCUUUCGAAACAAAAUUUAGGAAAGGUUUUUCUUUGGUCACACAGGCAGCUGGUUCUUAUGUCAGUGGGCAUCGCCCUCUGGAAACCAAUGUAAUUAAAUUAAGUUUAAUCCUACCUUUAAGUUGAACAUACAAGUUGAUAGAGUUGAUAGAGCAAAGAGAGAGAAAACACACAAAAUGAACCCACCACAGACAACAAGAAAACAAAAAAAGAAAUGAUAAACAAUUCUAAGAUAAUUCAUCGUAAUGGAUGUGUAACACAUUUUUAUGUAUAAGAAGUUGCCGCGUUAAAAAUUAUACCAUACAAAAGUGAGUAAUAUAUUAUAUAUAUCGCAAAAUAUGAUAUAUGAUGCAGCACAUGCAGCAAGUGCGGAUUAUUCAUUAAUGCUAAGCCUUAGCGAGAAGCAUAAACAUAUACAUAAAGAUUAAUAUUUAUUGUAGCUGCUAGACAUAAUUCGAGCAAUUCUCUUAAUUGUAUAAUUAUAGUCUUCUGUUCUUCUUCACUUUGUAAGCUUUGCUCUGUAGGCAUUUAGUUUCAUACAUAGAUCGUAACCAUACAACAAUCACAUUUUUGCUAACUAGUUCUUAAGGCUUCUCUUCGGCGAAGCUCUUUCCCCAUUGCGAAAUUGUGAAUGGCAUCGAAUGGUCCCUUUUUUGUAUAUAUCAUUUUUCCUUCGACGAGAUUAGAGUUGAUUUUAGUUGCCAACACUUUGUGAAAAACAUGUAUAUGCUAUAUAUCUUCUGGAUGAUAACCAACUGGAAAUAAACCGAAGCCAAGAGCCAAGCGAAAAGAACGCAGAGAUUUCUAAAAUCUAUAAACUUUUGUUAUAAAAACAUAUUUCAUAAAUUAUUUAUGCCUGUGUGUGUUUGUACUUUCUAAAAGAAAACAUUUCGAUCUGUAUUUAAGAAUACAUUUUCUAAGCUAAAACAAAAUAAAAAAAAACGAAAAGGCAACAAAAACAUUUAAACAAAUUCAAACCAAAAUUGGUCUUUAUCUUAAGCUAAAACUGUGUAAAGUUGUAUAAAUUUAAAAAGCGAUAAACGAAACCUUUAUAAAUAAAAUAAAAUAAUUUAAAUUGAGACAUCUAGCAUGCGAAAUUUCAUUGUUAUACAUAUUUAAAAGCGUUAUAAAAUGCAAAAAAAAAAUAUUGAAAAAAAAACAAAUUACAAUUGCUAUGCAAAAUAAAUACAAAAAUAUACUUAUUAUUGUAAAUGAAUUCUCU